ACACAUAUUUAUAUAUUAUAUAAACACCUAUUUUUAGUAUUAACCAUACCACCAACAAGCAUUCAUAAGCUACCUAAGAGAAAUGAAGUUCCAAAUGCUUGUUUUCUUCCUUCUCCUAUGUGCUCAAUUCCUAUCCACUUUGGCUUUUGAAUCUAAAGAGGAGGACAACCCCAUCAACGUAAAUGCGAGUGUCUUUAACAAAGAAGAAGACUUGAAGCAAGAUGCAUUAGUUUUUUCAAAGUCGAGUCGGGGAAAAGGUUCAAGUGGUGGUACAAAUGAUCAUACUAAGCAAAACAACGCUGUCUCGGCCUUCAUUAAGCCACACACAUAUGGUUCAUACGUUGAUAUUGGUGUUAUUCUCGUCGGUGCUUUAUUUGUUUUCGACUUCUAGAUCGUUGGCGCUUACAAACUGCAAGAUAUGUAUUGUUUUCGUCCGGAUUGUUAGAUAAGAAUGAAACUUUCAAAUGUUGUAUGCCUUUUGCAGUUUGUUUGAUUAAAUAGGUACUUCAUGUAUAUCUUUUUGAUUAUAAUCUAUAUUAUUGCUUUUUUUCCA